AUGUCCCGCUCGCCAUUGCCGACCAUUGAGGAUGUAUCCAAUAUGAACGAUGAACAGCUCGGAAGGUUUAUGGAGAAACACCGCCAGCCCAAUGGUACAAUCGAGCUGCCCGUUACAGAUUUGGAAAUAUUGUCCAAAAGGAAGCGAGAAAGCCUUGCCGAAAGAUUGCGGUCAAUAAAUACAUCAUUCGCUUCCAAAUCCCGCCCGCUUGAUCUUGAGAAACUCGACGCUCUUUUACUUGGUGUGACAAGUAAGGAGGAUUCUGCGGCAGACGACCGACCUCAUUACGAGAGAGAAAGGCGAACCGAAACACCGGAAGAUCCGCGAGAAAUUUACAAGCGAGAAGAGACGGGCGCAUAUAGUGAUCUUGUAAAUGACGGUGGUCACCCGCUAUAUCCACUUGAUCUUCUGGAAUCGAUUUCGAAAGACCCCGAUGCUUUUCAGGAGACAUUGCUGCCUUUUUGGAGAUGGCCUCGGUACGAGAAACUAUCAGAGAUGGAUGGCUUUGAUAUGAAAGAGGUAUUACAAAGGCAAUGGCACAGGUGGCAGAACUUCCGAAAGUGGCAACUUUAUAACAGAGGGGUUUUUGACAACGAAACUGACGAGGAAGAUUUUUUAGCUCAUGUUGAGGAGACAAAGCGUGACUUUAUUGAAGUAGGCUGGGGGAAGUACGCAGCCGAGAUUGAGGCUGACCCAGACAGUUUAAAGCAUCCCGGCGAGUCGUGGUAUUAUAUCCAAAGACACCGUAACUGGCAGCGACAAUACCAGCGGGAACUUGGAUGCGAGAGCUUGUUAGAUUACGAGAACGCAUUAAAGGCACGUUUGACCCGACAUGGCUUCAACCGCGCGUUCCAGUUGGCAGAAGACCCCAGGAAACAAGACAAAUUAACAACGUGGAUUGAAUACUUGGGUUUUGAGUACUGGUGGCUCGACCGAUAUUAUGAUUCUCUCCGGCGUAUAGAGCCAAAACGCGAUAAAGAUUGGGAGGAGCUAAAGAGCAAAGGAGUCGUGAAGAGUGACGAGACUCCGGAAUUCAUGCGUACUAGAGCUUCAGCUAUAAGGCACGACAGGGAGGAGGACCACGCACGACAGGCUGUGCGAGAUGCUGAAUCCGAGGCAAAAAAUGUCUACCAGAAAACACAGAAGGAUCCUGAUCGCCUGAGCAUUCCGAAGGAACAGCGUGUGCAAAUGUUGAUGGAGGCCAGUGAAGGGUUGUCAAAGGCGCAAGCAACGCUUGACUUCACCAAGCGGCGGAGCGAUCUAAUUAUCGACUUUGUUCGCAGAAACUUUGACUACGAUAACGCGGUGGAAGACGUAGACAACCAAACAAAUCUUGUCACAUGGGUUGCGGCGGAGGCACAUGCAAUUGAGGCCGAACAGAAAUCUGCAUCAUUGAAGAGCAGCUCUGAGAUGAAGAGGAAAGCGUCAGCCGACGACGUCGGCGCGGUGCACUCAGGCCAGAAGAGACAAAAGUCAACUGCUAAAGGGCAUAGCCCACAGUCGAGUGAAGAUAAGACCGGUGUCAGGGAAAGGAGAGCUCUACGCAGGCGAAAUCAGGCAUCAAUAGAGGUAAAUCGACAAAUUCCAGACCAAAAUCAUAGCAUACAGGAUGCAUCGCCUAACCAGACUAAACAGGCGACACAGACUACUGAGCGGGCGCCUUCAACCGAGGCCGAAGGCAAAGCCAAAUCGAGAACCUCCAAGGGCAGUGGGCGGAAGAGGAAAAACGUUGCAUUCGAGGAUGAUUCCCCGGUACAGCGGACCCAAAAGAGGCUGAAGUCAGACUCUCAAAGCUACAGCACGCAAGCCAGCAACUCGAGAGUUGAGCCGACAGAUAGGAGAGCCUUGGGCCCGCGAAACCGGGCGACAAGAGACUCCAGUCACCGACCAAAUCCAAAUCAAACCCAAGAUAUCCAAGGCGCGAAUUCCCGCAGCCACCCAUCUGUCCCCAACGUAACACCUCAGGAAUCACCCAAGGGACUACGUCGCAGCUCUCGCCUUGCAGCCGCACGUUCUAGAUCAAGAACAUCAGGAAGCAAGAAUCAGGUCGUCGGAGACUUAGGAAGUGAAUACUCACAGGUGGAGAAGCUUUUGGAAAAGCGGACUCGCAGGCGAGGCCGUGGCCGCAGUCUGGAGUACCUAGUCAAGUUUAAAGACUACGACGGCUCACAUGCAAGUAUCAAGUGGGUAUCCGCCCGACAACUACCCAAAGUUGCCAUGGAUAAAUUUGAUCGACUUGUUGAUGAGUGA